AUGCUCACGCCCGUGCCGCUGGGCAACUCGAGGGGAACGAAUGUCGAGUGGGGCACCCCGUUUGAGGGCUGGAAUUCCUACAUUGAUAACACGAUUGUGAGCAAGCACGCCAACUAUUCGUGGAAUGAAAAGUUUGAAAAGGCCCUCUUCCGCGGCAGUUUGAGUAUGCAAAAGUUUAAACUCGGCUCGUGCAACGAGGAGAAUGGGGGCAGGUGUGAGAGGGCACAAAAGUGGAACGAGGUUAAUCGAGGUGUUAUGUAUGAGAGGGCGAAACAGGCCCCGGAUUUGUUCGAUGUCGGAUUCACGCAGCUCAAGAAGAAGGAGGACGGGCCGGCGAAAUGCUUUGAUGAUGCGCCGCAAGUGAGGGAGUCGAUCAAGUUUGCAGACUUUCAAAAGUUCAAGUACAUUCUCAAUGUUGGCAACAAUCAAGGUAAGUUUGCAUCUUUAAAAAAAAGGUCAGUUGCAAAACAUAUGGCCGGUUUCUAACAGCGUUUGUUUUUUUCAACAUGGUGUUUUUUUGCAACGGCGGCACAGAUUGGGCGGAACGUCUGCGGUCUUUGCUGUACAUGAACAGCGUAAUAAUCGUGCACCAAGCAGAAACACAAGAGUUUUUCACGCCCUUGAUGCGACCGUGGGUGCAUUUCCUCCCGACCAACCUGAUGAUGACGGACCUAAUCACCAACGUGCAAUGGGCGCGUGAAAACGAUGCGUACACGCAGCAAAUCGUGCGGAAUCAGAAUGCAUUCGCGGACCGAUAUAUAACUGAGCGUUCAAUGCAGCAGUACUGGGAGGUGGCACUGGAAGAGUUUGGAGCUCGGCAACGACGCGCGGCGGGGGAAGGUAGUGGGUCUGCGUACUGAGGCUCGGGUAUUAGUUAGGACGAUGGAAUGCUUACCGUUUUUGGUUUCCAAGGUGAAGCUCGGUGGCGUGAGGGUAAGUGAGAGAAGGCGCUGGGAGAUUGUUUGGGACGAGCAGGUUGCCGCAAGGCGCCCGACACUUGGCAUUGAUCCGGCCAAUGGAAACGUGUGAUUAGAUGCAAAACGCCUCUGUAAGAAUGUAAGCACGACUCAUCUAAAUUCGCCCUGGUGUCAGGCACACAUACCCCGACCCAUCCAACUGUCAA